AUUUUAGAGUAGCCAUGUGUAGCCAGUGACUUGAAUCGUAAUCGAGUACUUUUUAUAGUGUGGACUCACUUCUCCCCUAAUUGUCAUACUAAGAAGCUGUUCUAUGCCGAGAGGCUCUGAGAAUGUCUAGAUCAGAGUUCAAAGCCAAAAGCACACGGCAAAGAUCGAGAUCUACCAAACCUUACGAGAGAAACAACAGUGCUAAUAACCUAGUGGACAAAGUGAAGAGCUGGCUAACCCCGUCCUCCUGGUUGAGCUAUCUGAGUCCGUCAAAAGACGAUGGAUCAUCAAGACAAAGAGAUGACACCUCGCUACCUCCACCCAUUCACACACACCCACUUGCAUCUGACCGCCCCCUUUCUAGCAAUGCAGCCACUGAAGACGGCCCUGGCCCAUCCGAUAGGCCAACGGGUCUACAAAGAAGUACACCCCUCCCACCUUCUAAUCCGUUUAACCGAGAGAAAGUGAACAAAUCAAGAAACAAUACCGCUAACUUUAGGGCAGCUUUAUCGUUAUUCGAGGAAGCUUUGACUGAGAAUAGUGAAAGCAAUAAUUUGUGUGACAGCAGCAACGAGAGCUUUGUUGAAGAGGACACAGAACCUGAGAUUAUAGACACCUCUCGAGAUAUGUGUGAUACGAGCAUGCAGAUGGGAGGCCUGUCUACUGAGGGGGCGUUAAUAUCAGGAGGUUUGUCUACUGAGGGGGCGUUAAUAUCGGGAGGCUUGUCUACUGAGGGGGCGUUAAUAUCGAGUGUAGAUAGAGAUCAUAACCCUGCUCCUCAAGUGGAAGGAAAUGAAACACAAGAGCAUAUAAAUGUGCCGUUGGUAUCCCAUCCUGCUUUCUCGAACAAAGUUAAUUCCUCGUAUCGACAGACGGUCAAAAUGUCUUCGAGGGCUACCACGGGGUUAAGUGCAGAGCUGACUCGGCGAUUGUAUUCCUCAACGGCUGUUACCACGUCAACCCCCCAGUUGAGUCCAGUGCGUGAGAGACAGGAAGAGGAUAUGAAUGUAGAGAUGAAUGGAGAGAGAGCGACCAGUCCCUUCCAGCCAGUGUUGCCUGGUCUCCAGUCCUCCACCUUCUCAGUCAGCGGGCUGGCCACACCUGCAAGGGCGUUCACUAACGAGUCUAUCAGUCGCAGUCCGUUCCGAUCGCCAUUCUAUUCUGGCAGGACCUCAUUUGGUGGGGCAGCUUCUCACCAGAAGCUGAGAGUCAAGAGACCACGCACUGAGUCAAGCCCACCAGUGUUCGCCCCACUACGUGUAUCAGUGCGGGCCACACCCACUAUGGGCAACGCUGGUCAGUCGGUGGUGAGUGCUACGGCUAAGAGAAUAAUGGACACCCUCAAUUCUCUCACUUCCCCUCUCUCUGACGCCAGGAGGAUUCCAAUGAGAGGGUUACCGCCGGAGAUGCAGCAGGCCAAGCGUCGUCGUGUAUCUGAGUGUACCUCGUCCCUCCUCUCCCCCCCACCUGUAGCCCCCCUGCAGAGCACCAGGUCACACCCCACACAAACACAGCUGGUCCCCUCUCUAACAAGAUCAAUGGGGAACACGUCAACGGACCACACUGACAGUACCCCCACACACUCACACCACACAACAACCACACACUCCAAGUUCGCUCCUAAAGUCCUCAAUUCACACCCUCUCAUCUCUUCGUCGUCUCCGACCUCCUCUGCCCUCGCUGGCCUCAAGUUCUCUGCCCCUCCCCCCCUCCAGUCACCACCAACCCACGGCUCGGAAAGUGGGACGAGUCCCAAGAUGAAGUCCUUUCAUUCUGGUGGUGGCAAGAUGUCUCGUCGCUCUCGAGGGGCCCGUACUCGUCGUACCAGUGGUGGGGAUGAUUCAGAGGAGGAGUAUCAUAACCCAGUGGCCCCACCCCCUAGAGUGGGACUCAAUCUCGGACAGGGCGGUGCUCUCCCUGCAUUUGCCUUCCACUCACAACUGCUCCCCAACAAAGCCGUUGGUGACCAGAGCUCUGCUCCUCCCAAACUACUCACUACUUCAAAACCAAUGGAUCAACAGCUUCAUUCUUUCACUCACAAUUUCUCUUUCUCCAAGCCCACUCCGAUAAGUCCUGGCUCACCCCGUUCGAUUAACACACCACCCAAGGUGUCAUUUGGAUUUAAUACCCCCAAGCCACACCUCUCAACGGGCACACCUGGCAUCACUCCUAACGUGGCCUUUUCUGUAUCACUCGCUACUACCAAGACUCCCCUCGCCCUCACACAAAAGCCGCCUUCGAAAACACCCCCUCCCCAAAUGAAAAACAUGAGUGUCGUAGAAGCUCUUAGGAAACCCGAAUACAGUCAGUUUCUCUCAUCAAACAAAAGUACGUCCUCCGCAACUAGUGGAUCGAAAUCUCAAGAUGUCGUCGUCGAUUUGACUGCCUCGGACGACGAAAGUGCUGGAAAAGAGAAGCCAAAAUCUCAACCUCUCUCUCGUUUUGCCCCGUCCAUUGGCUCGUGGGAAUGUGAACAAUGUCUGAUCAGUAACAAAGCCAGUGUUAGCAAGUGUGUGGCGUGUACAGCAAGCAAGCCUGGUGGGGGUAAAGCAAUGACCAGCGGGCUUCAAAUAGGAUCCAAUCCCGGGUUCAAACUUGGCGGUUCAGGAUUUAAACUACCACCAGCUACUUCGAAAAAUCCGUUCCCUCUCCUAAAACCUGCAGCUGGCUCCUGGGAGUGCAGUGGAUGCCUACUCAGCAAUAAAGCUUCUGACGGUAAAUGUGUUGCCUGUGAAGCUGCCAAUCCGAACACUAAGAGCAAAGCCUCAAAGUCGUCCAAUGAAAAAGCCAAAUCAUUUCCUGGGCUAACGACCUCAUCCUCUACUGGUGGUUGGACUUGUGACACGUGCCUGGUUUCGAACAAACAACAAGAUGUCAAGUGUGUAGCCUGCUCUUCGUCAAAGCCUGGGGCACAGUUGGACAGCAAGGACACGGCCUCAGUCUCUGGACUGUCUGUAUCGAGCACUGGAGGAUUAAAACUUGGGACAGGACUCUCGCUAGGAGGUUCCACCCUAGGCCUAAAGUCUGGAACCAGUACAUCAUUAGGAGAAAUGCCUAGCGUCUCUGGAGGCUUCAAGUUGGGUUCCAGUGUUUUGCUUGGUAGUGGAGGCAUUGGUUCGAGUACUGGCUUUUCUCUCGAAAAUAUGUCUGGCGGCAUAAAACCUGGGGCUGGACUAUCACUGACGGGAGGAACUCAAUUAGCAUCACCUGCUAAAGAUACGUGGUCAUGUGAUACGUGUUUACUUGUGAACAAGGCCGAAGCUGACAGCUGUAUCGCUUGUUCUGCCUCGAAACCAGGAAAGAGCCAGGCCAAAUCUACCGUUACUGGAGGACUAAAAUUAGGAGGAGGUGGUCUAAACCUCUCAAGGAAACCCCAAGAUUCGUCUGGAGACUCGAAAUGGACAUGUGAUACGUGUUUGAUUCAGAAUAAAAACAGUGAUAGUGCGUGUGUUGCAUGUACUACUCCAAAACCUGGUAGUCAGAAAGAAACUAAGAAAGAUGAGCACAAAAGUGGAGGGUUUCAGUUUGGCCCGACAGGUGGCUUCAAGUUAGGUGGUGGGCUCACUUUAGGCUCUGUAUCAACUGCUACGUCCUCUAACACUUCUUCACAUGGCACCUGUCUGCUACCAGCUGCAACAUCAACUGGAAAUGUACCAACAACCCAACAGACUUUGCUACUUGGAACACCUUCGACUACAACCUCAGAUACUGGUUUUAAACUACCUAGUAACGUAUCUCUCGACAACAAGCCCUCGACUGACAGCCCGCUGUCCGGUUUAACAUUUGGAGCUCUUAAUCCUUCGACUGGGAUAAAACUUGGAGGUGGUGGACUGCAAACGAGCAACUCUCUCACUCUGGGAGGGCCCAUUCUAUCAACUGCAAGCGCCUCACUAACUCAGUCUGCUACAAACAAUUGUCUCGGAAGUUCGAAUGCUUCUACUGGCAAUAGUCCUCUGGCCAGCAUCAAACUGGGCUCUUUCACGUCCACUGCUCCGGUAACGUCAGCCACGACCACCUCUCUGUUGACUGGCAUUACACUGGGAGGAACAUUUACAUCGACGGCAAAGAGUCCUCUGCUCUCUGGAAUCAAACUGGGUGGAGGUUUCAACACCGGCACUGGAUCAUUGACAGGUGGCAGUCCUUUUAAAUUGGGACAGUCCCUCACAACAAGUACCUCAAGCAAUCCACUGACUGGCAUUAAACUGGGAGGGAUGCUCACAACAACAACUACAACAGCAGCUGCUUCUAAUAGCCCUCUUGCCGGAAUCAAAUUAGGAGGAGGAGGUGGUCUCGUAGCCCCGCCUACCACUGUUUCUGGGCUGCUAACACAAUCUCAAGGACUGCCUAAAAUGAACUUUGCACUCGGUAAUACUUCAACAAACUCUGUGGGACUGUUAAGUUUCACUGGAUCAUCGCCUCAGGCACCAGCGUUUCAAUUCAGUGGAACGAAGACGCCGGCCAGUUCCAUGUUUGGGACAAGCACUCCAACUUCUAAGUUGAAUACAGGACUCAAUUUUGCGUCAGGUUUUGGUGGUCAACAGAGCCAAGCGUUGUCGGUGGCAACACCAGCUGGGAACUCAGGUCAAGCUGAGAUGCAAAGCCCUGACGAAAUGACUAUGGAACCUGAUCAGACACAACGUACAAACUUUGUUUUUGGAUCGGCCAAACCACCAUCGCAGCAGCAAUCUGUGGGAGCUAACAUGUUCAGUGGCCAGUCCCAAAACACAUCAGGUUUUUCAUUUACUGCCUCCAACACCACAGCCAAUACAUUCGGAACCAGCCUCCCGAAACCAUCAUUCAACUUCGGCACCUCUAGCACUAGUUUGACGUUCACGGGUAGUGCCCCCCAACCACCCACGCAACUACCCUCCUCAGGGCUUAUGUUCACGGGUAGUGCCCCCCAACCACCCACACAACUACCCUCCUCAGGGCUUAUGUUCACGGGUAGUGCCCCCCAACCACCCACACAACUAUCUUCCUCAGGACUUAUGUUCACGGCCACCCAGCAAACCACGGCGGCACCGUUGCAAACUAACACUGGCUACAAUUUCAGCACCACUCCCGGAAUGAACAUGAACAUGAACUUUGGCUCGAUGCAACAGGCGGCCCCCCCUCAGGCCCAAGCGAACAUGUUUGCAGCUAGUCCUAAUCUACCUACCCCUGGUCGUGUAAUCAAGAAAGCAAGACGUCGAAAAACAUAACUUGGCUACCUCUCUCUCUAGAUGUUAUUUGUACUUUUUACCUAUUAUGUUAUUAUUUGGGGCGCAUCUGUAUGCAUGCAUGUACCUUCAUUAAUUAAUUCGAUUUUCUUUUAUUUGGUGAUUAAUUUGAGCAAUAAUAUAUUCAUUUUGUAUCAUAAUAUCAGCCUGCUUUUGCACUGAACUCGAUAAAACAUUAAUUCACUUGG